GCGGCGGGGUGGGCGCCGCGACAUGGCGGCCCGGAGCGCCCCGAGUUGCCACCUGCGGCUCGAGUGGGUGUACGGCUACCGGGGCCACCAGUGCCGCAACAACCUCUACUACACGGCGGCCAAGGAGAUCGUGUACUUCGUGGCGGGGGUCGGCGUCGUGUACAGCCCGCGGGAGCACCGGCAGAAGUUCUACCGGGGCCACAGCGACGACAUCAUCAGUCUUGCAUUGCAUCCUGAACGAGUAUUGGUAGCAACAGGACAAGUUGGGAAAGAGCCUUAUAUCUGUGUUUGGGAUUCAUACACUGUGCAGACCAUAUCAGUUCUAAAGGAUGUUCAUACACAUGGUAUAGCUUGCUUAGCAUUUGACUUAGAUGGACAGCGCCUGGUUUCAGUUGGACUGGAUUCAAAGAAUGCAGUUUGUGUUUGGGACUGGAAAAGGGGGAAAAUGUUGUCUAUGGCUCCUGGUCACACAGAUAGAAUAUUUGAUAUUUCUUGGGAUUUGUACCAGCCAAAUAAACUUGUCAGCUGUGGUGUAAAACAUAUCAAGUUCUGGAGUUUAUGUGGAAAUGCUCUGACCCCAAAAAGAGGUGUGUUUGGUAAAACGGGUGACCUUCAGACAAUAUUGUGCCUAGCCUGUGCUCGGGAUGAAUUAACAUAUUCUGGUGCACUCAAUGGGGAUAUAUAUGUGUGGAAAGGAAUCAAUCUUAUACGAACAAUACAAGGAGCCCAUACUGCAGGAAUUUUUAGCAUGAAUGCUUGUGAAGAAGGGUUUGCUACUGGUGGAAGAGAUGGCUGUAUUCGUCUUUGGGAUUUAACUUUUAAACCAAUUACUGUGAUUGAUCUCAGGGAAACAGACCAGGGAUACAAAGGUUUGUCUGUGAGGAGUGUUUGUUGGCGAGGUGACCACAUUUUAGUUGGAACACAAGACAGUGAAAUUUUUGAAAUUGUGGUGCAUGAAAGAAACAAACCUUUCCUAAUUAUGCAAGGGCAUUGUGAAGGUGAACUUUGGGCACUCGCUGUUCACCCUACUAAACCUUUGGCCGUGACUGGAAGUGAUGAUCGUUCAGUCAGGAUUUGGAGCCUAGUAGAUCAUGCAUUAAUAGCAAGAUGUAAUAUGGAGGAACCAAUUCGUUGUGCAGCUGUAAACGUAGAUGGAAUCCAUCUUGCCCUUGGAAUGAAGGAUGGCUCAUUUACUGUUCUUAGAGUAAGAGAUAUGACGGAAGUUGUACAUAUUAAAGAUAGGAAGGAAGCAAUUCAUGAGUUAAAAUAUUCACCAGAUGGAACUUACCUUGCUGUUGGCUGCAAUGACAGCUCAACUGAUAUUUAUGGAGUUGCUCAGCGUUAUAAAAAAGUUGGUGAAUGUGUUGGAUCACUUAGUUUCAUCACUCAUCUGGACUGGUCCUCAGAUAGUAGAUAUUUACAGACAAAUGAUGGAAAUGGGAAAAGACUUUUUUAUAGGAUGCCAGGGGGAAAAGAAGUGACAAGUAAAGAAGAACUCAAAGGUGUUCAUUGGGCUUCAUGGACAUGUGUUUCAGGCCUUGAAGUAAAUGGAAUUUGGCCCAAAUAUUCAGAUACCAAUGAUAUAAAUUCAGUAGAUGGAAAUUAUAUUGGCCAAGUUUUAGUUACAGCUGAUGACUAUGGAAUUAUAAAAUUAUUCCGAUAUCCAUGUUUAAGAAAAGGGGCCAAGUUUAAAAAAUACAUUGGCCAUUCAGCUCAUGUAACUAAUGUCAGAUGGUCACAUGAUUAUCAGUGGGUUAUUUCUAUUGGUGGAGCAGAUCACUCUGUCUUUCAGUGGAAAUUUAUUCCUGAAAGAAAACUAAAAGAUGCUCUUCACAUAGCACCCCAAGAAAGUCUGGCUGACUCUAACAGUGAUGAAUCAGAUUCAGACCUGUCUGAUGUUCCAGAACUGGAUUCUGAAAUUGAACAAGAGACACAGCUCACCUAUCGUCGGCAGGUUUACAAAGAAGAUCUACCUCAGCUUAAAGAACAAUGCAAAGAGAAACAAAAAAGUGCUACUUCUAAAAGAAGAGAACAGGCUCCAGGAAAUAGUAUCCGAUUACACUUUGUUCACGGUUACAGAGGUUAUGACUGUCGAAGUAAUCUGUUUUAUACUCAAAUUGGUGAAAUUGUGUACCAUGUGGCAGCAGUGGGUGUCAUUUACAAUAGACAACAGAACACACAGCGUUUUUACUUGGGUCAUGAUGAUGAUAUUCUUUGUCUGGCUAUUCAUCCUUUGAAAGACUAUGUGGCUACAGGCCAGGUGGGUAGGGAUCCCUCAAUUCACAUAUGGGAUACAGAGACUAUUAAACCAUUGUCAAUAUUAAAGGGCUACCACCAAUAUGGUGUCUGUGCUGUUGAUUUCUCAGCGGAUGGGAAACGUUUGGCUUCAGUUGGAAUAGAUGAUAGCCACACCAUUGUACUGUGGGACUGGAAGAAAGGAGAGAAACUUUCAAUGGCAAGAGGAAGUAAAGAUAAGAUUUUUGUUGUUAAGAUGAACCCCUACAUGCCUGAUAAACUGAUUACAGCUGGAAUUAAACACAUGAAAUUUUGGCGUAGAGCAGGGGGAGGAUUGAUUGGAAGAAAAGGCUACAUAGGCACAUUGGGGAAAAAUGACACAAUGAUGUGUGCAGUGUAUGGAUGGACUGAAGAGAUGGCUUUUUCUGGAACAUCCACAGGAGAUGUGUGUAUCUGGAGAGAUGUCUUCCUUGUAAAAACAGUUAAAGCACAUGAUGGACCUGUGUUCAGUAUGCAUGCACUGGAAAAAGGAUUUGUAACUGGAGGAAAAGAUGGUAUAGUAGCUCUUUGGGAUGACUCCUUUGAAAGAUGUCUCAAGACCUAUGCUAUAAAAAGAGCUGCUUUGGCCCCAGGAUCCAAAGGUCUUCUCUUGGAAGAUAACCCAUCUAUACGUGCCAUAUCAUUAGGCCAUGGUCAUAUUUUAGUUGGCACAAAGAAUGGUGAAAUAUUAGAAGUGGAUAAAAGUGGCCCAGUAACACUUCUGGUCCAGGGACACAUGGAAGGAGAGGUAUGGGGUUUGGCUACACAUCCUUAUCUGCCGAUCUGUGCUACUGUAAGUGAUGAUAAAACCUUAAGAAUAUGGGAUCUCUCUCCUAGUCAUUGUAUGUUGGCUGUCCGGAAACUGAAAAAGGGUGGAAGAUGUUGCUGUUUUUCUCCUGAUGGAAAAGCUUUAGCUGUAGGUCUCAAUGAUGGAAGUUUCUUAAUGGCAAAUGCAGAUACUCUAGAGGAUCUUGUGUCUUUUCACCACAGAAAAGAUAUUAUUUCAGAUAUUAGAUUUUCACCUGGAUCUGGGAAAUAUCUAGCUGUGGCAUCUCAUGACAGCUUUAUAGAUAUAUAUAAUGUAAUGAGUAGUAAACGAGUGGGAAUAUGCAAAGGAGCUACAAGUUGCAUAACCCAUAUUGAUUGGGAUAUUAGAGGAAAGCUUUUACAGGUCAACACUGGUGCUAAAGAACAGUUAUUCUUUGAAGCUCCCAGAGGGAAAAAACAAACCAUCCCCAAUGUGGAGGUAGAAAAAAUUAGUUGGGCAUCAUGGACAAGUGUGCUUGGUCUAUGCUGUGAGGGAAUUUGGCCAGUAAUUGGAGAAGUCACAGAUGUAACUGCCUCUUGCCUCACCAGUGACAGAAUGGUCCUAGCUACAGGCGAUGAUUUGGGAUUUGUGAAGUUAUUUAAAUAUCCUGCUAAAGGAAAAUUUGGAAAAUUUAAGAGGUAUGUGGCCCAUAGCACACAUGUCACAAAUGUUCGUUGGACUUAUGAUGACAGCAUGUUGGUGACCCUAGGAGGUGCGGAUAUGUCUUUAAUGGUAUGGACAAAUGAGAUGGAAAGUUAUCGAGAAAGAAGGCCUUGUGAUAGUGAGGAAUCUGAUGUAGAUUCCGAAGAAGGUGGAGGCUAUGAUAGUGAUGUUACAAGGGAGAAUGAAAUUACUUAUACCGUCAGAGCCUUAUCAACAAAUAUUCGCCCAAUGUUUGGAACCAAGCCUCAUUUGCAACAGAAAGAACCUUCAGCUGAUGAGAGGCAGGGUAUAGUAAGAGGUUCCAGGCCCCCAGUGAGCAGGGCCCCUCCACAGCCAGAGAAACUUCAGACAAAUAAUGUUGGCAAGAAGAAAAGACCCAUAGAGGACCUCGUGUUGGAGCUUGUAUUUGGUUAUCGAGGCAGAGACUGCAGGAAUAAUGUACAUUAUUUAAAUGAUGGUGAUGAUAUAAUUUAUCACACUGCAUCAGUUGGAAUUCUGCACAAUGUUGCUACAGGGUUUCAAAGUUUUUAUCAGGAACAUAAUGAUGAUAUUCUGUGCCUCACUGUAAAUCAGCACCCCAAAUUUAUCAACAUAGUGGCAACUGGCCAAGUAGGUGAUUCAGCAGAUAUGUCAGCCACAGCCCCUUCUAUCCACAUCUGGGAUGCAGUGAGCAAGCAGACUCUAUCUAUACUAAGAUGCUACCAUUCAAAGGGAGUAUGUUCGGUCAGCUUCAGUGCUACUGGCAAACUCUUGCUGUCUGUGGGACUAGACCCAGAACAUACCAUUACCAUUUGGAGAUGGCAAGAAGGUGCCAAGAUUGCCAGCAGAGUGGGGCACAACCAACGUAUUUUUGUAGCAGAAUUCCGACCAGAUUCAGAUACCCAGUUUGUCUCUGUGGGAGUAAAACACGUGAAGUUCUGGACCCUGGCAGGAAGGGCUCUUCUUAGCAAAAAAGGGCUGCUGAACACACUGGAAGAUGCCCGGAUGCAGACCAUGCUUGCUGUUGCAUUUGGUGCAAAUAACUUGACGUUUACAGGUACCAUCAGUGGUGAUGUCUGUGUGUGGAAAGAUCACAUAUUGUGUAGAGUUGUGGCCAGAGCUCACAACGGGCCCGUGUUUGCCAUGUAUACCACCCUGCGAGAUGGACUUAUUGUGACUGGUGGCAAAGAAAGGCCGUCAAAAGAAGGAGGAGCAGUUAAACUGUGGGAUCAGGAACUGAGACGAUGCCGGGCCUUCAGGCUUGAGACAGGACAAGCCACAGACUGUGUUCGUUCCGUGUGCAGAGGCAAAGGCAAGAUACUAGUUGGGACAAGGAAUGCCGAAAUAAUUGAAGUUGGAGAGAAAAAUGCAGCAUGUAAUAUUUUGGUUAGCGGACAUGUGGAUGGACCGAUCUGGGGGCUAGCAACACAUCCUUCCAGGGAUUUUUUCCUUUCUGCUGCAGAGGAUGGGACAGUGAGACUCUGGGAUAUUGCUGACAAAAAGAUGUUAAACAAAGUGAAUUUGGGACAUGCUGCUCGUACUGUGUGUUAUAGCCCUGAAGGGGACAUGGUGGCUAUUGGAAUGAAAAAUGGAGAAUUUAUUAUUUUACUUGUGAGCUCUCUAAAAAUAUGGGGAAAGAAGAGAGAUAGACGAUGUGCAAUCCAUGAUAUCAGGUUUAGUCCAGAUUCCCGAUAUCUGGCAGUUGGUUCUAGUGAGAACUCAGUGGAUUUUUAUGACCUAACAUUGGGCCCCACCCUUAACAGAAUCAGCUAUUGCAAAGACAUCCCAAGCUUUGUCAUUCAAAUGGACUUCUCUGCAGAUAGCAGAUAUCUCCAGGUCUCUAGUGGUUGCUAUAAACGGCUUGUCUAUGAAGUGCCUUCAGGAAAACAUCUUCUGGAUCAUGCUGCCAUUGACAGAAUUACUUGGGCUACAUGGACUAGUAUUCUAGGAGAUGAAGUUAUGGGAAUCUGGUCCAGGCAUGCCGAGAAAGCCGAUGUCAACUGUGCCUGUGUAUCUCAUUCAGGAAUCAGCCUUGUAACAGGAGAUGACUUUGGCAUGGUUAAAUUAUUUGACUUCCCAUGUCCGGAAAAAUUUGCAAAGCACAAAAGGUUCUUGGGUCACUCACCCCAUGUGACAAAUAUUCGCUUUACUAAUGGUGAUCGACAUGUUAUCAGCGCUGGAGGUGAUGAUUGCAGGUCAGUAGCUUUCUUAGUCCAAGAAGAGCAGACUAUCUUUUUACUAUUUAAUAUAAAACUUCUGUAAGCUCUGGUUAAUAAACUCAGCAUUUUCUAAAGGUAGUAUAUACUUAUGCAAAUACAGAAUAAAGAGUUAAUGGGAAAUACAAACUUCUGAAAAUCUAGAGAUGUAAUGAACUCCCUUACAUUUUUUUUUUUUCUGAUUGCAGUUUAUUUGUCUGGAAAUGUGUACAUAUGCCUCACUGAAAGAAUGGAUGUUGGGAAGACAACACAUAUUAACAGUCGUUAGAGAUCAGAAUUACAAAGAAGAAAAACAACCAAAACCAAACUCUGCAUGGUCAAGUGGUGCUAAGUGCAGACUAACGGGGAGAGAUGCCCAGAAUCAUCAAGACUAAUAGAAGAUUGCUAAGUUCAAAACAUUUGCUAUACACACUGUCCAUAAUUCAUUCACUGCCAGAUAAUUACAAUGAAGGAAGGAUUGAAUACUCGUUGAUAAAAGCCACCCCAUUAUUAUUGAGGAGUACAAUUUUGGCAAACCUGUUGGGGAGAUGUAGGGUAUAGCACUCCUCAAAAGACUACAAAAUGUAAAAACCCAACUCGGAAAAUUUUCAUCUUCCUUUUAGGAAAACUGUUUCCUUUUAACACUUCCAUUUUCUUUUCAAGAUUCAUUGUCCAAUUAAGUAUUUUAUUCUUGCAUUUCCAUUUAGAAAGGAAAAGCCACCUCACCCUAGCAGAGCAGUUUUCAAAAGGCAAACAUUUUCCCUAUGGAAACAAACACAAGUUUUCCUGGAGAAUGUAUCUCAUACAUUAAUAACACCCUUUUUAUAAAGGACAUUUCUCCUUGUAGUUUGAAUUGAGGAACAAAUCCAAAGUUAGUAGUGUAUGACUUGCUAUAUUUUCACUUCUAAGCUGUCAAAUCUUUUUGUUUAAAAGCCAUCUCUAUAUUUGAAAUUUUAAGAUUAUAGCCUCAUUAUUAGGAAGGCAGUAUGAUGAACAAUCAUUUCCAGUAGUCUACAGUUUUGGAGUUUUUUUUUUUUAAAGGUUUUCAGAUAACAAUAGUAUUUAAGUGGAAGAAAGCACUGCAUAUUAAAGAUAUACGCUAUAAACAUUUGAUUAACAUUAAAUUCACACAAACAUAUAAUUUAAUAAUUAUUGGUAUUAUUAAACUUUUAUAGCUUUUUCUAUUGGGAAAAUUUUAGUUAGACAUAUUGCCACCCCUCCAUCAGCUAAUUUCCAAAAUAUAUGAACCUAGGUCCAUUUGAAAACUUGUCAGAAUCCCUUCUUAGUGGAUUGAGGUUGAACUUGUAAAUCCACAGUCCUUUUAACUUUAAAUGCUGCCAAAGAUCAGUAAUCAUUGUUCAGGAAUUUGAUGUUUUAGUCUAUCUACUGAUUCUUGAAGACUGAAAAUUAAAUAGAGUGCUGUUUAAAAAUAUAUUUUUCUAAAUGUAAAGAAGUUAAAGAUGUACUACUGGUCCUAUACAUUUUUAAUUUACUGUUAUUUUAUCUUUUAUAGUAUAAUAGGUAAUAGAAACCCUUAGAUUUCUGGGAUUCCUAGUUUAGUUUGGUAAUACAUAAUGAAGAUUCCCAAUAUCUAUUUUCUGUGGCCAACACUGGGAAUACUAAAAUGACUAAAUUACAUCAAAGAAAGCCUCCUCAGUGAUUGAACCUGGUCAGUUUUAAAAGUGAAAUAGCUGCCUCUCAAGGGUUGAAUGAGGGAUUAAAGAAACUUGACACAUAAACUAUAUUCUGUCAUUAUUCACAAUAAAAGAUUGUCCUAGCUGGGUGUAGUAGCACAUAUCUGUAAAUCCCAGUGAUUUGGGAGGAUGAGGCAGGAGGAUUGCAAGUUUUGAGGUCAGCUUCAGCAACUUAGACCCCGUCUCAAAGGCUGGGGAUGUGGCUCAGUGGUUAAGCAUCCCAGGCUGGGUUCAAUUCCCAGUACCAAAAAAUAAAUAAAUAAAAUGCCCCUAAACCAAGGAUAGAGGUGUACAACUCCAAUGCAAGCUACUGAGGAGACUGAGGCAGGAGGAUCACAAGUUCAAGGCCAGCCUGGGCAACUCAAAACCCCAUCUCAAAAUUAAAAUAAGGUUGUGGGGGUAUUGCUCAGUGGAAGCAGUGCUUACCUAGCGUGCACAAGGCCUUGGAGGUUAUAUCCCAUCACAAAAGAAAGGGGAGGGGAUUUCCUAAAUUAAACAAAACUUUAGAUUAUAUUAAUUCUAUUCAACAUAUUUUAUAAAAUUAAAGGAAAAGGCACCCAGGGCCAACCUCAUGUAAAAAGAAAAUUACUGCAAAUUUGAGCCUGUUGUAGUUUUAAAUUUUCAUUAUUAAGUGUGUUGUUAUGAGGAAGAGAAAAAUUUCAAUUGCAUCACAAUGUAGUCAAACUAUAUUCUUAAGGAAGUAAUCUAUAUAGCACAAACUGCUUCCAUUGCAUUUUUGUCCAUCAAAGUGACCAACCUCAUAAGUCAGCCUUAAUCACUUAAUCACUGCUAUGGCAGUUUCCUGACUGAAGGUCACCUUGACUUAAGUGGGCAUCUUACCACCUUGCUGUAUUAGCCAUCAACUAAGGGAAGGUGUAAUAUGACCACAUAAAAUCUGCCCUAUAUUUUUUUAACCUAGAGAAUUAUUUUUGUGUGCAGCAUCUAUGCUCCUGAAUUUACAACUUGAGACUGGUGGCCACUGUAGUCCCAAUUCUUUUAUGUCUAUACAUGCAUGCCAAAGCACACCCCACAUUGUGGUAUUAUUUACUUCAUUAUCACCAACCAUAUUCAUCCCCUUCUGUUUUUAUAGUGGUUCAUUUUAGACUCUGUUAGACCAACCAACAAAUAUUUUAGGGUCAAUUUUAAGCUGCCCCCACAAACUGAAAGAUAAAUAUUAAAACAAUCAGAUUUUAGCAUGUAAAAGAUUUGCGCUUAAGCACUUAAGCCCUUGUUCCAAUGGAACUAUGAAAUCUAGAAACCAUUUAUAAAUGAUAGUUUAAAUAAAUCAUUUAAAAACAAAUUUCUUCUGCAGAGAUGCAAAGCAUCAACACUGGAAUGAACAAAUGCCUUAAAUUCAGUGGAGCACUCUGAGAAUGAAGGGGACUGUCACCUCACCUAGCCUAGCACAGUGGUUGUACUGCCCUUGUGUACUUUGUUCUUUCAGUGUUUCAAGUCUUCAUUUUGGGAUCUCCACAGCCAAGUGCAGCUCACCAAAUGGUUUAACAACUAGUUGUUUCUUCUCCCAAUGGAAAAACCAAUGAUCACAACAGUAGAAGGCUGGCUUUAUGAUCUUAAAAUGCUUUUUAUAGAUGUGGGUUUAUUAUCCAUCCUUCAAGAAUAUGACUAAGUCAAUUUUUUUUUUAAACAGUUAAUUUGGUCCUGAAAACAUCUGAAUCUUUAUUAUCCCUUCUGCAUUAAUUCACUCUUUACUAACCACUUUUUAAGAUUUAAUUUUUAAAAACACUACUAUACAUUAAUGAAAUCAAUUAUCUGUUUGUUAUUUAAUUCUAAAGCAUUGGACACAUCUUGCCUUAACAAUUUUAAAAACCACACGCAAAACUCAAUAAAUACAGUAGGCCAAAAGUUUCAUCCUAUCUUGCAGUUUACCCAUCUGAUCUCUGUAAUUAUAUAGCUCUGUCAUUUAAAAAUAUGACUUAAAUCUAAUUUUUACAUUUCAAAAAUGAUCUUCAGUAGUAACCAAGUGUAUUUUCUGUGGAGUUAUUUCUGAGAAUGUUAUUUUUCAGAAUGUGGGAAUAUAUAUUUAUAAUCUGUUUAAAAGUUUGUUUUCUCUGAUCCUAAUGUAUAUACUUGUAAAAAUUUUUGUAUAUUUUGUGACAAUGUAGUUCCCCAAAAAGUUUAUUUAAAAAGUAUGUUAAUAGUAAAUGAAAGUAUUUUAAGGAAUUGUUCAUAUUUUUUGCACUUGUCAUUACAAUUGCUUUCAUGUUUAUGCCCAUCCCACUCCUUUCACAGAAGGCAAGGGACCUAGGGACCACUGCACCAAAGUGGCACUCAAACUCAGAGGCCUGUACUACCAUGUUUUUCUAACUAAAUUCUUUUAAAAAUUAAAACAGAUUUGAGUGACUAUUUUAAGCUGCCUCGAUACUUUGGUCACUCCUAUUUUCAUGGUGGACUACAAACAUCAUAUCAUCUUUGGGAAGAGUGAAAGCAAUUCCGCUUUCAAAAUAACAACACUCCAGUGGUCCUAAACUGAAAGAACCAUCACUAACAAUGAUGGCAUGUGCUGAGACCGAAGCAGCAGUGUACAAACAUGCCUCAAAUGUUUUAAUAGAAUUUAGCUUUUCCUUAAACUAUCUUUUCAUAAUCAAAACAACAACAAAACACCCAAUGUUAAAACUACUUAAUAAACUUACAAACUUGAAAAAUUAGACACUUCAGAUAGACAAUAAACUUCAUGUUAUGAAAGCAAUAUAUUCCAAGUUUCAAAGAUUCGACAAAUUCUGUAGAAUUAUCUUUCAUCAGUAGAUGGAACCUUUCAAACUGCAUGAUCUUCCACCAGAUAGGACUGGGCGUCAUUCACUAAAUAAACAAAAACCAAAAAAACACUUUUAAUAAACUGCUUUGUAUCCAGAUUUAUCAUUCAGCCAGCUAAGGAGUAUCUUUGGACAAGGAAUAUUGGUCAUGCAGUUACAUCAGACUUUGUUUUUUAAAAAAAAAAAAAAAGAGAAUUUUAUAAAACAAAAUAUGUAACUCAAAUA